AUGCGGAUGUACCACACUACUUCUUCCCCUCACUUCCCCCUCACUUCCCCCUCACUUCCCCCUCACUUCCCCCCCACUUCCCCCCCACUUCCCUCCCCACUUCCCUCCCCACUUCCCCCCCACUUUCCUCCCCACUUCCCCCCCACUUCCAUCCCCACUUCCCCCCCACUUCCCCCCCACGCCUUAACAAUUCUGCCAAUCCUUUCCUCUCUCCUCGUCUUGUCCUUCCCCUCCAGUUCUCUUCCUUUACUUCUCUCUCCGCUCUCCUCCCCUCUCUUCCCUCUCCCCCUCUCCUCUCCUCUCUUCUCCCCUGCUUCUCACAUCUGGUUUUACAUGUCCCUCCUUACGUUUCAUAACCCUCUCUCCCCUCUACUCCUUGCUGUUCACAUCUUGUCUUGUAUUGAGGAGCACGGCAUCCCAGAACAACCUUUGAGGCGCCUCAAAAGUUAUCUUGUAUCCAGGAGCGCAGCACCCCAGGAUCUGCCCCAAAGCGGCUAUUUUCUGAGGCGCUUCAAAACGAUCGUCUCAGUUCUCCCCUUCGCCCUCCCUCCCGCUCUCCCCCCCUUCCGCCUCCCCCUCUCCCCCUCCCCCCUGCUGUGCGCUCAUCUUCCGUCCAGGAACGCGGCACCCCGGGAUCAGGCCCAAAGCGGCACAGACGGACCCAGGAUGGAGGAAACACCUGAAGGAACACCUGGGGCGGCGACCAGGGCAGCAGAUGCACCCCGCCCGAGAGGCAGGCCGCCUGGGAGUGGGGGAGGUACACCUGGGGGAGGUGGCACUUCUGGGAGAGAGGGGGGGCGGCGGAAUGCAGGGGAUGGGGGAGCGGGGCGAGGGGGAGUGGGAGGAGCAGCAGUGGGAGGAGGGGGAGUGGGGGUAGCAGGGGGGACAGGGGGAGGAGUAGGGGGUGAAGUGGGGGGGGGAGUGGGGGGAGGGGGAGGAGUGGGCGCAGCAGCGAUGGAUGAUGGGGCGGUGGCAGUGGUGAACGAUUUGGGUCUGCCGGCUGACUGGGUUCGAAUCAACGUCCGCCGAUCGCCGGACUGCUUUGAGAUCUACGCUCUCGUCCCAGGCCUGCUGCGGGAAGAGGUGCGCGUGCAGUGUGAGCCGGCAGGGAAGCUGGUCAUUGCAGGGGAGCCAGAGCAACCAGACAACCCGUGGGGAGUGACGCCAUUCAAGAAGGUGAUUCUGCUGCCUGCAGCCAUCAACGCAAAUCAGACGUCAGCAGUGGUAACCCUACACGGCCAGCUGUAUCAGUCUUUCACUCAGGAAACUAACAGACAGAUGAUACCCAAGGAUGAAGGUGUGGAGACCUCGCCCCUGCUACAGCAGCAGCAGCAGCAGCAGGGUGGGAUUGAUGCAAGGGCAGGGCCACAGCAGGGACUGGCAGCAGGGCAUGCAGCAGGAAUGCAGCAGCAGACAAACCCUAACCAACUGUUACGGCACCAGCAGCAGCAGCAGCAGCAACCGGUGCAAUCUCAGGUGCAGCCAGCACAGCAGCAGAUGCAACCGCCUAGAGGUGGGCGAUCAGCUGAUGUGGAUAUGAUGGGUAGGGAUGGAGGUGAGGGGUUGAGGGAGGGUGGUAAGGAUGGGAAUGCGAGUGUGAAUAAGCCGAAUUUUACCACCGAGUCGCAAAAUGGGAUGGUGCAGCAGCUGCAGCAACCACAGCAGGGGAAGCAGGCGGAGCGGGAGACUGGUAACAAUGAGAUGAAGAUUGGUGGGUGGCAGCACCAACCUGAGGGGGCCAGCAUGUACUGUCCUGGUGCCCUUGGUCUGACAGGGGGAUUAUGUGGAAGCGCCAACCUGAGGGGGCCCAGCAUGUACUGUGCCGGUGGAAGUGCCAACCUGAGGGGGCCCAGCAUGUACUGUGCGGGUAUCCUCGGGCUGAUGGGGGGAUUCAUGUACGCGUACCAGCAGUCUUCUGGGCGGCUCAUGGGCAUGUUCCCGAACAAGUGGGAGCCGGACUGCUUUGAGAUCUACGCUCUCGUCCCAGGCCUGCUGCGGGAAGAGGUGCGCGUGCAGUGUGAGCCGGCAGGGAAGCUGGUCAUUGCAGGGGAGCCAGAGCAACCAGACAACCCGUGGGGAGUGACGCCAUUCAAGAAGGUGAUUCUGCUGCCUGCAGCCAUCAACGCAAAUCAGACGUCAGCAGUGGUAACCCUACACGGCCAGCUGUAUCAGUCUUUCACUCAGGAAACUAACAGACAGAUGAUACCCAAGGAUGAAGGUGUGGAGACCUCGCCCCUGCUACAGCAGCAGCAGCAGCAGCAGGGUGGGAUUGAUGCAAGGGCAGGGCCACAGCAGGGACUGGCAGCAGGGCAUGCAGCAGGAAUGCAGCAGCAGACAAACCCUAACCAACUGUUACGGCACCAGCAGCAGCAGCAGCAGCAACCGGUGCAAUCUCAGGUGCAGCCAGCACAGCAGCAGAUGCAACCGCCUAGAGGUGGGCGAUCAGCUGAUGUGGAUAUGAUGGGUAGGGAUGGAGGUGAGGGGUUGAGGGAGGGUGGUAAGGAUGGGAAUGCGAGUGUGAAUAAGCCGAAUUUUACCACCGAGUCGCAAAAUGGGAUGGUGCAGCAGCUGCAGCAACCACAGCAGGGGAAGCAGGCGGAGCGGGAGACUGGUAACAAUGAGAUGAAGAUUGGUAUGGCGGUUACUGCUGCUUCGUAA